CCCACGCUUCGACCUGCCUGCCUUGGGAUUUCCCACAGGGCGGGUACACAAGUCAGCUGCAGCGCUGGGAUCAGCGCGUGCGAGAAGGGCGAGCAGUGGCAGCGGGCUCUGUCGCUGCUGAGCGAGAUGCGGGAGGCGAAGCUGGAGCCCGAGCCUAUCCCAAAAUACGGGGACCAGCGCGUGUGCGAGAAGGGCGAGCAGUGGCAGCGGGCGCUGGCGCUGCUGGGGGAGAUGCGGGAGGUGACGCCGGAGCCCGACCCAAACGUCCUCGGCUACAGCACUAGCCUUUGGCGCCUUCGGAGAAAGGUGAACAGGGCUCAGCGGGCUCAGCUGCUCAGCGAGAUAUAGUUGGCGAAUCUGGGGCCCAACGUCAUCAGCUACAACGCGGCGGGCAGUGGCAGCAGGCUGCUCAGCGAAACGCGGGAGGCGAGGUUGGAGGCCAGCGUCUCAGCUACAACCCCGGGACCAGCGUGUGCGAGAAGGACGCUCACUGGCCGCUGGUUGUUCUGGCGCUGCCGAGCGAGGUGCGGGAGGCGAAGCUGGAGCCCCGCGAGCAGCCACAGCGGGCUCUGGACAUGCUCGAUCGCGGAGGCGGAGGUGGAGCAGCUGAAGAAGCAUGCGUCCGAGCUGUUGGCCAAGCUCUCAAAGGAGCUGAAGCCCUGGGAGGCGGCGAGAAGCGACGCAUCCGCCGCGAGUGCCCCGCUGCCCUUGACAUCCGCGCCCACGUGGCACGUCGCAGGGCGAGCCGACGCGUCCUGGCGGCUCUCGAGACCCGUGCCCGGAAGGCUGGCCCGCCUCCUUCUGUCUGCUUCCCUUGUCUGC